CGUUAUUGUAGUACCGGAUGGACUGUGCCCAAAAAAUGGGUAUUUGUUAUCUAAGGAUGGACGCUGGGCCGGAAGUCCCUGGAAUAUACUGGAACAGGACGUAUGCAGUGUAUAUACCGAUCCAGAUACGUUGUCGGAAAACCACCGAAGAACCAUCGUUCCCGUUGGCAAUUUCGGAUUCCCGGUAUUUUUAUCUUUUCGUGGUCCGCCGUUGGCUCUUCGAGUUCCUCAAGUUACUUGGAGCGCGUGCUGUCUGACGUUAUCAUCCAAGCGGAUUCCCUCCACGUUUCGCCAGUAUCGAGGUUUAAUUGGCUCGUACGUGAUCCAGAUUGGUUCCUUCCUUCCUCGCGACGUCGAGCGUAAUCAAUUGUCAGCAUCAAAGAUGGCCAGUCGCAUUGACAACGCCUGUCAGACGGAGGCAAUGCAGCCGGAAGUUGAAGAAAUGGUGGUGGACGAGCCGACGCUGAUCCAGCACUUCUUCCAGCUGGAAGUCGAGCUGCCGAAGGCCACCAAGGCCCUGGACGGCUCUCGAGGAAAGCUCACGGCGCUGAACGGGAUGCAGCCGGAGGAGGCCGCGGCGGAAAUGGAUCGCGUUCGCUGGGCGCUGAAGCAGCAACGGGCUCAGCUGGAGGUUCUGCACCAGGAGGCGGGCAUCACCCGCUACUGUUUCUACAAGGAGUUCGCGGAGGCCAAGGAGCGCAACACGGAGCACUACAAGUGGGCGUCUGAACGCAUGGAGGCCAUUGAGAAGGUGCUGGAGGAGGCAGUCGGCAUCCUGAAGGGCAACGAGCAGCACUUCCAGGCGUUGGGAGAGGCGCUGGCGGCGUUCGAGACCCGCAUGGGCGUCUUCGGGAACCGGAUGGGCCUGGUGGAGAACCGGAUGGGGGCCCUGGAGACCCGCAUGGGCCAGGUGGAGGCCCAGAUGGGCCAGGUCAUCGUCCAGAACAACCAGGUGAUUGCCCAGAACAACCAAAUUCUGCAGUUGUUGCAGAAUAUGGCCGCCGAACAAGCGCACCGGUUCGAGUUCACGCUGGCGUCCUUGGGCCACCUCGGCAUGGCCUACAACGACAUGCAGUACUACAAGCAGCAGUACGGCAUUAACUGAAGUAGGCCGGCAUGGCGGACAAAGGGCAUUUUUCAAUUGGCGUGUGGUAAUUGUUUUACUCUUUUUAUUCUCUUACUUUUUUACCCCGCUUUGCCCUGUUUUUUUGCGCCAAAUGCGCCAUUUUUGUUGCUAUGAUUUUUCAAAAUUAAAUUUGUUGGCAUUUGUACUGUUUGGGCGUUGCUUUUUUGAACAAUUAGUGCCAUAUCCCUUUCCGUUGUUUUUUGUUGAGUUUGCUUGGUGCUUCAUCUUCCUGCGCUGCUUCGAGGACGUUGACAAUUAUGCGGCACGCCCACGUUUUCUGCAAUACUUGUUUCAGUUGUUUGUGCGAGUAACUUCCCGUUGGUAAGCUUUGCUACCGCGCGGAUGCGCUGAUGUACGACUA